UUAGUUGAGUCGUGGUCUCAAGAAGGUGAUACUCUCUUUCCGGCAACGUCUUACCUGAUCCCAUCCUGUGGCACCUAUAUAGUGUAGCAAAAACCCACCAUUGUUUUGCUCGAGUUUUUCUUUUCAACCGCAGUUCCGCAGUGGAAAUUUUUUUACUACCUACAUAUUGUGUUGCUUUUUUGGUGGAUUUUCUGUGUGGCCGACAGCACCCAAAAAAAAAACCACCAAAGUUUGAUAACAUUUUAAUUACUUUCUCCGGAGAUUACGUGAAUUUCGCUCCACACCAGGCAUUUGGCGCAGCAAUUUCGUGUCGCUUUGGUGUUGUCUAUGGGGAGGAAUUAAAUGGAAAUGAAUUGCUGACUGCCAGCCAGUACCUACAAGUGUGCUGAAUUGUGUGACAAAAAUGCCCGCCAGGGAUCAUCCGUUCAAUCAAUCUCGCCGCCCACUGCUGGAACGAUGCCAUCCACAGCCACAAAUGCUCCCAAAGCCCGAACGAAAGAUCUACAAUGGUUUCGAUGAUUUCAACUCCAUUCCCCGCAUCCAUGCGGCGGAAUUCACGGUGGAGAGUGGUUAUCCGUAUGGGGAGAGGCACUGCAGUCAAGACUCCACGGCGACUGAGUAUGAGCCUCGUGGUCUGAUCAGGCAACAGCAGCAGCCACCAGCAGACACGGUCUAUGGGCAAACCACAUUGCCUACCCAGAGGAAUGGUGGUGGUGAUGGUUGCAAUUUCGAUGACUACGCGUGGCGUCCGUUGCCCCGGACACCCAGUCCCGCAAGACCACGACGUCUCCUGCGGGCAACAUCUUCUCAACGUCGACCACCCGUCCAUGUCUUCGGCAGUGCGGUCAACUCCCUUCAGCAUUCGUGCUGCCAGCAAGAUUGCACACCUGUGAUAUCCAAAUACUCCAACUCCAAUUGCUGCAGUAGCAACGACACGAGCACCUCAUCCACUGGACUUCCAUUUGCCUUUCAGACACACCAACACCAUCCGAGACUGAGUGACAACCUUGCAAAAGGUGGUGUCAAGGAGAGAAAAUCGAAAUCGAAUCGGUGUAACAAGGUGAAUAACAAUAAAGACGCCGUACCGUCCAUUAAGUGUGUCGUCGUUGGUGAUGGCGCCGUGGGGAAGACCAAUUUGAUUAUUUCGUACCUGGAGAAUCGAUUUGUCCCAGAGCACAAUCCCACAGCUUCGGACAUCUACAACGUGGAUGUCCAAGUGGAUGAUGCACCGGUGAGAGUAACAAUCUGUGACACCCCCGGUCAGGAUAAUCUCGAUGUCCUGCGGGAGCUGUCCUACCCGGAUACCAAUAUCUUCCUUCUCUGCUUCUCGGUCGUACACCCCGAGACAUUUCAUUCGGUGAAGACAAAGUGGCUGCCACGCUUGUCGCAGUACCAGGAUGCAAGAGUCGUGUUGAUUGGGACACAUGCUGACCUCCGCAGCGACCGCAGUACAAUUAUCCGAUUGCAGUGUCAAGGUGAGAAACCAGUUUCACUGACGGACGCAUGGGAUUUUGCUAGAUCCAUUGGAGCCAAAUACAUUGAAUCAUCGUCUCGUACAAAGGACAAGGUGAAGGAGGUCUUUGACACGGCAAUUUGGGAUGCAUUAACAGCCCAGAGGACCGAACCGAAGCCACUUUGGAGGAAAAUGCUGUGCUUGGCGUAGGGUGUGCACUGUGCAGCAUUAUAGAUUUAAGGAUCUGCAUAUAGGAUUUACUUUUACAAUUUUCGGAUAAAGCCUAAUAAAUCAACUAAGAGAA